AUGUUAAAAGUGUCUACAUAUUUUUAUCUGGCAUCGUUGGCUAUCGCUGAUAGUCUCGUAUUGUAUAUCGGUUUGUUGCGGAUUUGGAUUAACGAAUUAACUGGGAUUGAUGCUAUGGAUUUAACGAAUUGGCUGUGUAAAUUGACUUGUGUUUUUGGAUAUUUUUCAAGCGAUUUUUCGGUAUGGUUGAUCAUAGCGGUGACCGUCGAACGGUUUAUUGUCGUGUGUUUUCCAUUUAAAGCCAACGGAAUGUAUAGAGAAUUAGAAAACACGGCUAAAUUUCAUCUGGUGAAAACCAUCACAGAACUAUUAAUGUACGUCAACCAUUCGAUGAACUUUUUUCUUUAUUGUGCGACGGGUCGAAAAUUCCGACAACAAAUAUGA